CCUGCGUUCAGCGGCGAGCGAACAAGGCGCAGCGGUGAGCACGGCAGAGCGGACAGCACCAUGACUGCAACCGACAACACCUACGAUGUGAUAGUGGUCGGCGGAGGAAUAUCAGGAUUAAGUGCAGCGAAGCUGCUGAAAGCCAAUGGACUGAGCCCUGUGGUUUUAGAGGCCAGGGAUCGGGUUGGUGGUCGCACCUUCACUGUGCGGAAUAAGGAGACAAAGUGGGUUGAUCUGGGCGGGGCUUACAUCGGACCCACUCAGAACCGCAUCCUCCGCUUAGCGCAUGAGUACGGCAUAAAGACCUACAAAGUCAAUGAGCAGGAAAACUUGGUGCAUUAUGUCAAUGGGAAGUCUUACCCAUUCAAAGGCUCCUUCCCUCCCAUGUGGAACCCCUUUGUCCUGUUGGACUUCAAUAACCUGUGGAGGACAAUGGAUGACAUGGGCAAGGAGAUUCCCAGAGAGGCUCCAUGGAAUGCUCCUCAUGCUGAGGAGUGGGACAAGAUGACCAUGCUGGAGCUCUUUGAAAGUAUCUGCUGGACCAGUACUGUUCGUCAGUUCGCCAAACUGUUUGUCAACGUGAAUGUUACGUCUGAGCCCCAUGAAGUUUCCGCCCUGUGGUUCCUCUGGUAUGUGAAACAGUGUGGAGGAACCAUGAGGAUCUUCUCCACCACUAAUGGUGGACAGGAGAGGAAGUUCUUAGGCGGCUCCAGUCAGAUCAGUGAGUGCAUGGCCAAGGAGCUGGGAGACCUCGUGAAGCUGCAGUCUCCAGUCUACAGGAUUGACCAGAGUGGAGACAUGGUGGUGGUUGAGACGGUGGACAAACAGACCUACAAAGCCAAGUAUGUGAUUGUGGCCACCCCACCCGGUCUGAAUCUGAAGAUGCACUUUAACCCCGAGCUUCCACCGCUGAGGAACCAGCUGAUCCACCGCGUCCCCAUGGGCUCUGUCAUCAAGUGCAUGGUCUACUACAAAGAGAACUUUUGGAGGAAAAAGGGUUACUGCGGCAGUAUGGUGAUUGAGGAGGAAGGCGCUCCCAUUGGCCUGACGCUGGAUGACACAAAGCCUGAUGGGACUGUACCGGCCAUUAUGGGAUUCAUCCUUGCCCGCAAGUGCAGAAAGCUAUCAGGGCUGACCAAAGAGGAGAGAUUGAGGAAGAUCUGUGAGAUCUACUCCAGAGUGCUUGGCACAGAAGAGGCCCUGCAUCCGGUGCACUAUGAGGAGAAGAACUGGUGUGAAGAGGAGUACUCUGGGGGCUGCUACACAGCCUAUUUCCCCCCAGGAAUCUUUACCCAAUAUGGCAAGGUGCUGAGAGAGCCGGUUGGCAGAUUGUACUUUGCAGGCACAGAGACGGCCACAGAAUGGAGCGGCUACAUGGAGGGGGCAGUACAAGCUGGAGAGAGAGCAGCCAGAGAGGUCAUGUGUGCACUGGGUAAAAUUCACCAGAGUCAAAUCUGGCAAACGGAGCCCGAGUGUCCAGAGGUCCCUGCACUUCCCUUUGUCACCACCUUCUGGGAGAGGAAUUUGCCUUCAGUUGGUGGUCUUCUCAAGUUCAUAGGAGCAUCCACCUUCUUGUCUGUUGCCACUGCAGCUGGCCUGGUGGCCUACAGGAAGGGCCUCCUUCCUCGUAGUUAAACUGCCUACACCCGUCACCUCACUCCUCUGCAUCUCAUGGAGGCACAUUUCAGUAGACACUGUACUGUUAUUUCUACUUCACUACUUUAUGGCCAAACCACAAAGUAGUGAACUAUAUAGGCUAUAGGUUGUUUUUGAGAAACACCGUGCUGUAAGACAGAUCAUGCAAAACGCUAACUGACUUGAGAGAUGCUAGCUUUAGAGGAGUGAAAUUUAAUUCUACAAUCAACCUCAGAUUGUGAAACCAAUGAGGGAAAAAGAACAGAAUCAAUUCUUAAAGGUUAUAUAUAUGAAAUUGACUGAUACUGGAUGUCACAUAGAACACAGUAUCUCAGACCAAACCUGGACGGACCCGGUCUUUUCAACAGUCACUGACUCAGUCACACUGAUUUGGUCUAAACAAAACCUUUAUUGCCACUGACCGCUGGCUCAGAUUGAAAAGCAUUUCUACAGACAAACUCCAAAAAAACAAUAACUUUACCUUACAGACCAUCAACAUCCAGCUUCAUUCAAACUGGACAGAAACCAAACUCAACAAAACCAUCUUUGUUAGUCUGUUCUAACAGUCACCAGCUCUGAUUUGGUUGUAAGAAAUCUUCAAUUCACCACCAUAGCAUAGAAAAACAGUUUCAUUCACUCUCCUCAGUUGCACACUGAGAGACCCCCAUUCUCUAACAUGCAUUUGCAGCCUGCCCAAAAACAAAGCACAGUAAGGCUGGGAAACACCACAGCAGUGUGACAUAAUUCUCUGCUCAGGACACUCUGACUCUGAUGUUUGAAAUGUCAUAUAUAUAUCCUUUAAAAGGAAAAACUCAAAAUCUGUCACUAUAAUAUUCUUACUUAUACUCCAUACAUUGACAAUGACAUUCACAUUCUUGAUUACAUAUGAGCUUAUAAACUAAUCAUGCUUUCUCUGUGUGUAUGAGCUUGUUUGUGUUUGUUUGGUUGUUUGUGUGAGUUUGUCAGUUGUGUACAAAGUGUGUGUGUGUGUGUGUGUGUGUGUGUGUGUUCAGUAUCUAAUUACCUCUGCUGAUUUUAGGUGCUGAUUUAUUCUGGCCAAGCAGCUGUAGCUGUUUGAUGACAUCCAGUAACUUCAUGAUAGAAUAGAGUUGCGCCGUUGCCCAUGACAAAAUCACAGAGGAGGUUAAAGAACAAGGCUUGUGAUAUUUUAUGUUUUUUCUUAUUGUCAAUAAAUUCAAUGAAAAGACCAAAACUCACAAUGAACUCAUCAAGUAAUGUCUGUGUAGUUUAAGGCUGAUUCAGUUGAUUCCUCUGUAUAAAGACUCCAGACUAUUAAAAACCCAUCAGCAAGGCACACUGUGUCACUGGCUGACAUCUUCUUUCAUUAUGAACAUUAUUUUGAGACAAACCCGCAUGCACCAUCCUGGUUCUCAAAAUUUGCACAAAUCUGUGCUUUUGCAGCUUUUUUAUGCAUUUAUUUGUACUUAUGAGCUAAAUGUGCCUGAUCUCAAAACUCACUAGGAACACUUACUCUCCUUUUCCCUCUUUCCUCAAGUACAAUUAAGAACUGGAGCAGUAGAUUUGCUAUAAUAAGUUCAAACUUUUGCUGAAGUUGAAACAUUUUCAGUGUCAAGUCAAGUGAAUUUUAUUUAUAUAUCCAAGAAUCAUAAUUUGCCUGUCCAACACACGGUACCUUCAGUUAAUCCCUCAACUCAGUGCUUAUGUCAGAUAUUACUCAACAGUGCACUAAAUCCUUGACUGAAAAUAGUCCCCAACACAUAAACUACAAGAGGAGUAAGGUCAAAGUGGGGAAUUAUUGAGAUUUCAUGGGAUUUGUUGACAGUGACAAAUAGAACAAGAAAAAUGCAGAAGCCUUAUCCUUUAAUUCAACCUUGUAUUUGCGGGCAAUGUAUUGCUACUAAGCUGCUCUGGAUGUUGGGAUAAAUGUAAUGGAAGCAUUCGAAUGUAUUUUCUUCAGACUCCACACAAACUAUUUGUUGCUAUAAUAUGAUCAGAUUUCUGACAUAUAUUUUUACUUUUUAUCAUUCUUAAUUUAGAUAAACACAGUAUAGUGCUGUAGCUAACCAAAAACACUAAGAAAAAGUUGUUGUUGUUUUGUUUUUUUAAAGACACAGAAAACUGAUAUGUGCAUUAUUAUUUGAAGCCAUUUUAGAAUCACGUAAGGAUGUGGCCAGCCUGCAACGCCUCUGUGAAGGCCUCCAACAGUAGAGUGAUAGAUUUCAUUGACUUACUUCAUUGUACUUGAGAUGCUUCAUUGUGUUAUUGACUUCUAUGGCAUUAUUUAUUAAUCUAUAGAGUUGAAAUCACGCAAGAUGUAGCUCAUAGUUUACGUUUUGUAAGAAAGGUUUUGAGUUGUUAAAGAGUAAAGAAAAUGCCUCUUCUUAAAACAGAUUCAAGGCAACAGAUGACAAAGUGAGGACAGACAGAUUAUAGAUUAUAGCUUUUAGAUGACCAUUUAGGGAACAUCAUCAGAUGUUUCAACUGAAAAACAUCCUGCAGUAAAAAAUAACUGUUAUUUACUAUUUGCAAGAAGUUGAACAAAAAUAUGUGAUGAAUUGCACUUGAUGUUCAGUCAUUUGUCAGAGUAGGAGUCAUGUUUUAUUUUUAACAUUUAGAAAUCUUGGAGGUAGACAUGAAGAAAACUAAUCAACACAUGACUGAAUCUGAAAGAGUUCCUCUGCUGUGCGUCUGUUUGGAAAAGCAUUGAACUGUGUGUGUGUGUGUGUGUGUGUGUGUGUGUGUGUGUGUGUAGCCCUGUAUGCCCACUAAUAGAAUCAUGCUGUUUUUGUCCCAAAAACUGGUGUGUGUGUGUGUGUGUGUGUGUGUGGUGUGUAAGUGUAGUUAUAUGUUGUGCCUUAAUGGAAGUCAUAGUGUUUUUGUUAUUUCUCUUAAGUGCCUGUGUGACUCUGACACUCUGUCCUUACUCCGCUCCCCUCCUGCCUGCACUGGAGGUGAGAUGUCAGAUGGACUAAGUCGUUGGUUUAAUGGGUCAUCAGUAACCAUCCGUAAACAGGGACAAGAACACACCUCCACGGCCCUGCUGCCUAACAGCAUAUCCAAACCUUUUCUUUUCCAACAUUCCCUGUAUUACCUGAGUUAUAAGCUCAGUACAAAUCCGACUCAGGUAAAGCUUGGUGCAUUGAAUAACAGAGCUCAGACUGUUGGGUUGAUCAAACUGCUUAUCUCCAGUGAAGCCAAGUCUGUGUGUGUUUUGUAUUGUGCUUGCAGUGCUUCUCUAUCUGUCUCCCCUUGUUGUGGUGCCCUCAUGUUUCUCUAGCUGCUUACUUUCUCCCUGUGUGUCAGCACAUGCUUUGGUUUUGUGCUUACCCAGGUCAACUUUAGAAAUAAUGAUUGGACAAUGAUAACAAUGACAUUUGAACCCAUCUUGAAAAAUGUUUCUGACUUCAGUGAUCAAACACAGCCAGCACACUCCAAACUACAAUACUAGCACCAUCAGCAUCACGUCCGGUUAUUCAUGAUCCGAUUCUUCUUUAUUGUUUUCUGGAGACUUCUGACUGUUCCUCCAUCCCUUUCUCCUUCUGUGCAAUUAUCUGAUGUCUUUGAUUCCUCAAACAAAAGUGGUGAUAUAAAAAAGAAAAAAUGUGAAAUAAAUCUUUUACUCGUCUUAAAACAUCCCUGUGUACCAAUUUGUAUGUUGAUGAGGAUGCACCUUAAUAUAUUAUGUGUGGUUUCCAUUCAGGGGUACGUGUACGUAGCCAGUUCUUCUGAAGUUGCAGUUACUAAACUUAUUACAAA